UAUUGAUAAUAUUUAUUAAUGAAUAGUGGUAAACAUGUCGGAAGAAAGGACAGAUUACGUUAAUAUUUUAGCAGAGAAAAAAUUACAAAAUGACGAUGCUUUCUUUAUGUCGUAUCCUUAUAGGCCGACAAUUGCGUAUAAACAGACUAAAUAUUAUAAUCCGGAGGAGCUGAAAGUUUUGGUUUUACAUAGUUCGGAAAUUUCUAAUGUUAUCGAACAGAUACACAAUGAAAAAAAGAAACCAAUACCGACUAUUAAAUUGGAGGCAUGUGCAAUCCUGGAAGAGAUGGCCCUCGACAGAAGACUUGUGGUGAUACGAGUAUUAGGAGUAAUUUUAAGCAAAUUAUUUAAACAAUGCUGCACAGGACUUCUGGUGGACAGGUCUAGUAUACAAACGAUCAAAAGCAACAUGGGAAGUUGUCCUGUAUUAUUUUUGCCCUCGCACAGAAGUUAUGCAGAUUUUAUUCUGAUGUCUUUCGUUACUUUCUGUGAAGGGCUGCAGGUACCAGCUGUGGCUGCAGGAAUGGAUUUCCAUGGGAUGCGUGGUAUGGGUACAGUUUUGCGCCAAACAGGAGCGUUUUUCAUGAGAAGAACCCUUUCAGGGGCUGAUCCUUUAUACAAGGCUUUAUUUAGAAGAUACGUACAUGCCCUGGUUCAGGAGCAUCAUACGCCUUUGGAAUUUUUUAUUGAAGGUACCAGAAGUCGAACAGCCAAGGCUUUGUAUCCUAAAACUGGAUUGUUAAGCAUGGCAUUAGAACCAUAUUUCUUUGGAAGAGUUCCUGAUAUAACCAUUGUGCCAGUUUCUAUAUCUUAUGAUCGAGUUUUAGAAGAAGAACUGUUUGCAUUUGAGUUAUUAGGUAUUCCAAAACCAAAAGAGACUACUAAGGGUCUUUUUCAUUCUUUACAACGGCUCAAUGAAAGGUAUGGAGCUAUGAAAAUAUCCUUCAGAAAGCCAAUUUCUGUACAAAGUUUUAUGAACCAGCGAAACCAUGAUAGAACCGUGCACAUAAAUUUGCCUUCGCAUGUUCAACAAGUCACACCAAAAGAAAUGGUAUUAGUUAACGAAUUGGCACAUGAAGUUCUACUAAGACAACAGCAAGGGAUGACGAUAGGCGUGAUCAAUAUUAUAUCCCUUCUAAUAUUUUAUUAUGAAAUGAGAUCUUACACGCCGACAAUCGGAGAAUUAGAAAGAAAUGUAAAAAAAUGGAGUGAUAUAUUAAAAUAUUUAGGUGCUUCCAUUUCCACAGAAAGUGUAACUGAGGCUUUAGAUAUUCAUAAGAAAACAUUAAGGGUUAAUCAAAACGGAACUGUUAGUUUAAUUUCUGCAGAUUUUGCAUUGAUGAAUAAGCCUGCAAAAAAUCAUUUGAAAGGACAUGAUUUGGAAAACGACACAAUGACGAAAGCAACUCCCCUUGUAAAGUUGCAGUUGUAUAUAAAUCCGUUAUUUUUUUAUUUAUGUGGACCCGCACUCAUUAUCACAGUUAUGAAAUUGAAUAUAGUUUCUAAUAAACACGAUUUAUUCAGAUCUGUGUCAAUGAUUUUGUACAUAUUCCACUUCGAGUUUGUCAUACCUAAAUCAACAAUAUUACAGAACUUCCAACGAUGGAUGGAUGCAUUACUUGCCUUGAAUAUUAUAAGCUUAGAAAAUAAUUGUAUUAAAAUAACUAAUAAUGAUGAUGCCGACAUUAUUGCUUCCUUAAUGGCACCUUACUUUUAUUGCUAUCGGGCUGUUUAUAACAUAUUAUCUAAGACAGUUGCAGAAGUAUCAGAAAAACAGUUAUUUGUUGAAAUACAAAAAUGGAUUGAAAACGAUUUGUUUAAAUCAGACAAAACGAAUAUAUCUGCAUUUUGUUAUAGUUUGAGUUUAGAUGCCAUUUCAAAUGCUCUCAACUCAAGUACUUUCAUCGGCUGUCUUCAGAAAAUAAGAAGGAACUCCACAAACUUCUAUACAAGAUGUGAUUCAAUAUUCAAUGAUUGGCAUGCUUUUUUGAAUAAGUUUGACUUACCAUAUUUUGAGAAUAAAUCUAAACUUUAAUAAUAUUAAUAAAGAAAUUGGAAAUUAAUGUAAGGCCCAGUACAAAAAAGAAUCAAUAUUAAUCAUAAGUAGUG